AUGGAUUCUCAGCGGGAAGAAAGUUCAGAUUCACCUCGACUGGAGGCUGUGAUUCGGAAGCUGGAGCAGUCGUUUCUUUCGGAGGGCAGCUCCGGAGAGGGGGCUUUGACACUUCGAGGAGAUGACCUGGAAUCCACUGUUUCACCGAUUCCCUUGUCCAGCCGCAUCCGUCAAAUCAUCACCCACAGCCUGUUUGAGGAGCCCAGCCCUCAGACAGAGUCAGCCCCACGCACCUCUGGUGGCAGCUGUGAGGUCAGUGAGCUGGAGGAUUGCAGGGCUCUGAGGGAGCAGUUUUGUUUGAGCCCUCCAGACUGUGACCAGCCGUUAGUCAAGACGAGCCUCACAAACAAGCUUGACCAGAUGCUUCAAUUGCACUCAUCGGUGGACUCUGACCAAGACAGCUCAUCAGGAAAUCUACAUCUGCAAAGCCAGGAGAGGACUUACUGGCAAAAACUGCAGCUGUACCAGGAAGCUCAGCAGAGGCAGGCACAGCUCGUUCAGAAACUUCAGGCCAAGGUUCUUCAGUACAAGAAACGAUGUGGGGAUCUUGAAGUGCAGGUCCUGCAGAAGACCUCAGAGUCAGAAAAAAUGAGAUUGCUGCUGCAGAGCCACUUGGACGCAGCCCAGCGACAGCAGCACAUAGAGGACGAGCUCAGCCUCCUGAUCCAGAGGAAGGCCGCUCAGCUAGAGGAGGAGCAAAAGAAGUGUGCCAGUCUCAGCCAAGUUAACUUUGUGCUGAGAGACCAACUGGAGCAGGCUGGCACCGUAAACCAGGGCCUCACGGAGAGUCUGCUGAAGGCCCGGGCAGAUCUGGAGCUGUGUGAAACGCAGAUGAGAAAAGAGCAAGAGACCAGCGCCUCCCGCCUCAGCCGUGAGCAGGCCCGUGUCAGGGCUCUGUGGCGCCAGGCUGCCUCCCUGCGAAGCACUUUCACGCAGCUAAGGACUUUCACUGACAGGACCCUGUCAGAGCUGCGUGGGGAGUGUGUAGCUGUCAGUAGAGAACUGCAUGGUGUCUGCAUGAACCUAAAGGCCAGAGUCACACAGGAGAGUGCCCCACGUGGUGAGGAAUCAGAAGUGGAGCAACAACUGAGGGACAAACUUAAAGAAGCCAUGCAGUUACAGGGCAGAUUCGACGCAGAGAAAGUGGAGCUGAAUUCAAGAAUGUUGGAGUUGAGCGACACAGUCAAACAUCUACAAACCCAGAGCAGUGUGAAAGACGCCAGCCUGGACACCAUGCAGAUCAGCCUGCACAGGAUGGAGAUGAGGAGAGCAGAGGAUAAAGCAGAGAUGGAGGCACUACAAACAGAAACCCAAGCUCUGCAGAAGGUCAUACGGCACAUCCACCAGAUGGUGAUUAGUGACAAUGAUAAUGACAGUCCUGAUAGUACAUCCAACUUCCUUCAUCAUGGUUGGUCUCCUCAAAGAAACCCUACGCUGAUAGCUGUUCAGAGUGCUCUUUCUAAACAACACAAGGAAACACAGGAUCUGCGUGGGUGUCUGGAUGAUGCUUUGGAACAGGUUAGCACAUUGUCUGUCAGACUUCAGGAGAAUGAAGUCAGGAGGAAAGUGUUAGAGCAGAAGAUCCAGGAAGCUCAGAGAGAAAGUCAAGAGGCCCAAACAGCUCUGGAGGCAACUCUCAGGGAAAGUAAGAAAGUCCAGAGCUCACAAGAGCUCAUCUCCAGUGAGAAGAGUAGCCUAGAGAGGCUGGUGUCAGGACUGCAGCAAGACCUGGACUCCCAGCAGGUGGAGCUGGACAGACUGAGGGGCUCAUCACAGGAGCUACAGAGACAGAGGGACGUCCUGAGACAACACAGAGGGGACCUCCAGCUGCAGCUCACACGACAGCACACAGAGGCCCAGAGGAGUGAGAGGAGUCUUAAGGAGCUUGAAUCUAAGCACUCUGAUGUGCAUAAGGAGCUGGUGAUGGUUAAAGAAGCAUUGAGUCAAAUGACUCUUCAAAAAGAGCUGCUGGAAGAUGACAAGGCUAGUCUCGCUCUGGCUCUCAGUAAGAUUGAGUCCCAGUGCACCACACAGGAGCUUUUUCUUGCCAAAAUGCAGAAUCAGGAGGCUGCACUACAAGACUCUCUGUCGAAGAUGGCGACUCUGAGCGAAAGCUUAGCCAAAGACAAGGUUGAACUUAACCGGAUUCUGUUGCAGACAGAGAGUGAGAAGGCUGAACUUGGAGAGCGAAGGCGUGAAGCUGAGGUGGAGCGCACUGCAGCCAGAGAGGAGGCCACGAGGCUGCAGCAGGACAUGAUGGAUCUGCUGGCAGAGAAACAGAGUCUGGAGAAGUCCCUGAGCCACAUGCAGCGAGUGCUCCAGGAGCUGGAGGCUGAGCUCAGGCUGCUGCACACAGAGAACACACAGGCCACAGAGCAGCUUUCUCAGGUCAACAAGCAGAUGCAGAGUGUUUCAGAGGAGCUCUGUGCAUGCAGGAGGGAGCUGGGGACUCAGAGCGUGGCCUUAAAGAGAGCAUCCAGUGAACGGGACGAGCUGGCCAGGGACAGGGCUGCUCUGGAAGUCAAACUGAGCACUGCCGAGCGAAAGCUUUCCGACCUCACGGAGGAACUGGCAGCACUUAGGCUAAAGAAGGAGUCGCUGGAGACCUCACUGUUUGAGAGCCAGGAGCUUGUUUCUUCUCUGGAGGCCGAGUGCUGCAGGAUGGAUGGGGAGAGGCACAGUUUACUUGCUGCUAACGAGGCCUUGACGCGUGAAGUAGCAGGCAUGCGUGCAGAUUCUGAGAGUCAAUUUGAUGCAGCCACACAAGAACGUUGUAAACUGGAGGAAAAGUUGGCCCAGAUGGAAAGGAACGCAGAAGCAGUUCUGAAACAGAAAGAGCACAGUCACAAAGAGCAACUGGAGGCUGAACAAAAGCAGAAGGAGCAUGAGUUUGCUGAGUUCGCAGCGCAGAGGGAGCAGGUUGAGGAGCAGCUAAGGAGACAGUGUGAGGAGCAGCAGUUGCUCAGUCGGAAGGAGCUGCAGCAGGUGCAGGAGGACCUGGCCAAACUUCAGCAUGAGUCCAAGCAAAGCCUCCUGAACACAGAGAGCGAAAAGCAGCAUGCUCUAUCCCAGAUGGAGGCCGAGAAGGCUGCCCUCGCUGAGAAGCUGGCAGCUCUGGAUGAGGACCUGGCCACUGCAGAGAUGGAGCUGGAGCGCAUUAAGAGAGAGGCUCACAGCAAACAAGAGCAGGACAAGAAUGCACUGAUUGUCCUUCGCUCUGAGCUGCAACGGCUACAUGCUCACUUUGAGGAGUCACUGAAUGCACAUGAGGCUGACAAGAGGAGUCUGACUGAGCAGAUAAAAGAGCUGAAUGAACAAAAGGAAAGAGCAAAGAUGGAGGUAGAAGGCCUCUGCUGGCAGUUAAAAGAAGCUGAAGAUGAAGUUGUCCAUCUCCGAACAGAGCUGAUUGAGGCUCAUAGAAAGCUUCAGGAGAGUGUUCAGGAGAGAGACAAGCAACACAAAGAAGUGCUGGAUCUUAAAAGACUCUUGGCAGAUGAGACCAGGGAAAAAGAGGCCAUUCAAGAAACAAACGGUGAGCUGAGGAUUCUUAUCAAGAAAGCAGAAAGUGACAAUAGCAGUUUGAGACGGAAUGCAGAAGAGAGAGAACAAAAAGUCUCCAUCUUAGAAGAAUGUAGAAGUUCAAUUCAACAGGAGGCCUCUACUCUUCGGAGCACUUUGAGAGAGCUGGAGAAAUCUCGUUUGGAAACACGCAGGGAGCUGCAGGAGUUGCGCCGACAGGUGAAGAGUUUGGAUGGAGAGAACAAACAGCAGAAACAGGAGCUAAAGGAGCUUUACAGUCGUAUUUGUCAAGAGGAGCAGAAAGAAGAGGAGGCACGGUGUGAGGCUUUCACUCUAAAACAGAGACUGCUGGAGAGUGAUGCUGGAAGAGACGCAGCACUCAGUGAGGUUGCAGGAUUGCAGCGGCGUGUGGUUGAACUAGAAACAACUGAGCAUCAAAACCAAAAACUUGUGCUACAACUGGAGUCUAGUCAACUGCAACGUGAGCAGAGGCACAGAGAGGCCACUGCCCAGCUGGAGGGGGCACUAGAGGAUGCUAUGGUCCAGAUCAGGCAGCUCUCAAUGCAGGGCGACCUCAGUGAGAAUAAGACACAGGGUCUGGAAAAGCAGCUCCGCUUGGGCAAUACUAGAAGAAGAGAUCUUGAGACACAGUUGGCUGGGCUGCACUCAGCCCUGCGCUGCACUGUUCUUAACCACACACCGGCCACCAAUGGUUCUCACAGAAGAUCCCCGUCUCCAUGGAGAAACCAUUUUAAAAGUAUUUCUACAAAAAAUCUUAAUGGAGAAAAGUGGAGUUCUACUGAGGCUGAGGAAAUGGAUGUAGAAACAGUGCAAAUUGUACUCCAGGAACUGCAGAAGGAGCUGAAAGAGGCGCGGAGAGACAGGGAUGAAGCAUGGGCUCAAAUUGACAAUUUAAGAUCUCAACUGACAGAACUCCAGGACAACCUUAAAAAAUCUUCCAGUCAAAUUGAACUGUUCCAGAAGUCCUUAAAACAAUCUGAGGCUGGAAAAAGGGAGGUGGAAGAGCACUUGCACAAAACUCUGGCUUCUUUAACUCUUCAGGAGGAAGCAGCACAUCGAACUGAAAGAGAGAAAAGAGGCCUUCAGGAUGAACUGACUCACCUUAAAAAUACUCUACAAUCAGCAGAAUCAGAGUCGAGGGCACUGCAAGACAAACUGGAGCUGUAUCAGAGCUCAGGAUCUCGGGCUAAUGCUGAACAGCAGAAGCUUAAAAAGGCCCUUGAGGCAGCUGAGGUUCAGGUGAAAUGCCUAGAGCUGUCCCAGCGCACCAUGGAGGGAGAGCUCCAAAGAGCUCAGCUCAGAGCAGCUGAACAGGAGGCCCAGGCAGGAGCACUGCAGUUCAGACUAAAGGAGCUCCGGAGGAGGCUAGGAGAUAGUGAGGAACAGUGCUCCACUCUGAGGUGUAGCGAGGAGAGACUUAACACGCAACUGUCUCGAGCUGAAACACAGGAGGCUCAGCUGAGGGAGCAGCUCCACAAACUGUCCUCCUCUGUGAGUGACAACACACAACCUCUACAGGAGCAGAUCACUCAGUUACAGAGAGCACUGAGUGCAAGUGAACAGGACCGGCGCACACUACAGGAACAUCUGGAUAAAACACGAGAAGCUCUUUCUGAGUCUAAGAAGCUGAAUCACUCUCUGACAGAGAGAACCCAAAACAUUCAAAUGAGCCAGGAAGACUCAGAGCUAAAAUACUCAGAGCUGGAAAGACUUCAUAACACACUGAAGGAGAACUUGACACAGCGACAAAAUGCAGACCUUGAUGGCCAAAGGAGACUACAGCAGCUCCAGCAAGAGAAGAAUGAUCUGCAGGAGAAAAUAAAUGCUCUCCAAGGCGCCUUGAAAAAUGUUCAGAGUGAGAGGACAGAGAUGGAGAGGAAAGUUACACGUCUGAGUAAAGACACAUCAGCCCUGAGGAAGUCCCUGGGGAAGGUGGAGAUGGAGAGGUUGAGGAAAGAGGAGGAGGCGGCAGCAGUGACCAGAGACAAGCAGAGAUUGGGGGAAACUGUCUACAAGCUGGAGCAGGAGAUUACGGAAAAGCAGAGGGAAAUUCAGGCUCAUAUAUCCCAGCUGGAGCAUUCUCAUGCACAGCACCUCCUGGAGGUGACAGCACGGCAUCACCAGGAGUUAGACUUGGAGACAGAGCGUCUGAGAGCGAGCCAGCUCCAGGCAGAGCAGGUUUUAGAGAGCCGGGAGAAGGCCUAUCGCCAGAGGGUCAGAUGCUUGGAGGAGCAGGUAUUGACUCUCAAAGAGCAACUCGAUCAGGAGACACGUAGACGACAGUCCUAUUUUCAUCAGAUGCUGCAGCCCGGCGUGUAGGCAGAAAGUAUGUAGCACCCCUGACGCCACACUCACUGUUCCUAUGGCAGACUCCCAAAAACGCUACAUUACGAGCUACAUCCACAUUUGGGACACAAACAGCCCUCGGGACUUGCUCCCACCCAUGCACAUGUGCAUACGGAUUACAUUAAUCUGCAGCAAAACUUAACAACAACAAACAAUGAGUGUUUUGUUUAUGACUGGACUGGAUGUGCCAAAUUGUUUAAGGAUUUCCUCUGGCUCUCUACAGUUGGUGCUUCUAAGUCUGUUUAUGCUGUGUCAAUUUUUUAGGAAAUCGUGUGAUGAAAGGUUUCCUUAGAUGGAGCUUAAUUCAACAGAAACAUUUUGUUUUGUUUGACUUAUUGUCAUCUUCAAAUCAUGUUUCAAAUGGCAUUUAUGAUCAACAAAUAUGCUAAAUAUUUAU